AUGAAGCCCAGACAGUCUCGCUUGAAGGUGUCUCGGGGUGGCCCCCGCAAGGUAAACGAAAAAGGGGAGGGGGAAAAUAGCGUUCAGAACCAGGCAGGGGGCCGGGGCCAUGGCCAAGGCCAGGCGAGAUCGAAAGCAGGGGCUGUGACGGUCCGGGAGUCAGAACAGUCAGAGCUCGGGCCAUCCUGUUUCUGGUCCGAGUCCGCUUCUGAGCCUGAGUUAGUCCGGGUGUGGGUCCGGGUCCGGGUCCGGGUCCGGGUGUGGGUCCGGGUCCGGGUCUGGUUCCGGGUCUGGGUCCGGGUCCGGGUCCGGGUCUGGGUCCGGGUCCGGGUCCGGGUGUGGAUCUGGAUCCGGGUCUGGGUCCGGGUCUGGGUCCGCCAGAUCCGGGUCUGGGUCCGGGUCCGGGUCCGGGUGUGGAUCUGGAUCCGGGUCUGGGUCCGGGUCUGGGUCCGCCAUGAGUGCGAGUCCGAAUCUGGGUCUGGAUCUGCGUCUGAGUCUGGGUGCGCGAGUGAGUGCGAGUCCGAAUCUGGGUCUGGAUCCCAGUCGGAGUCGGAAUCAGAAUCAGAUGGAAAAAAUGAAGACAGGGAGAAAGAGGAGAACGGAAAGGAGCAGAAGGAAAACGAGGAGGAAGAAGAGGAGGAAGACGAGGAAGACGAGGAAGACGAGGAAGAGGAAGAGCGGCCCAGGAAGAAGCCCAGACACCACGGCUUCAUUUUAGAUGAGGCUGAAGAGGACGAUGACGAAGAAGAGGAGGAGGAAGCCGAGUGGGAGGUCGGCGCGGAGGACAUAGUGGACAGAGCGGGGCUCCCCGGCCCGGACAGCCAUGAAGCCAACCCCCAGGAGGACCGCUCCGGGGCGCGGCGCCUCCAGAACGCCUGGAGGGAUCAGCGGGAGGAGGAGCUGGCCCAGUAUUUCAUGCAGAAAUACGCCACCCCCGCGUCCCGGGAGGCCGGGCGCGGAGCCCCGCGGCAGCCUCCGGACCACAUCGCCCAGCAGAGGCUGCUCCCCGGAGUCCGGGACCCCAAGCUGUGGAUGGUCAAGUGCAAGCUGGGGCAGGAAAAGGCCACGGCCCUGACUCUCCUGCGCAAGUUCUUGGCCUUCCGCUUCAGUGACAGCCCCCUGCAGAUCCAGUCCGUUGUGGCUCCCGAGUAUCUCAAGGGCUAUGUCUAUGUGGAGGCCCACAAGCUCUGCCACGUACUGGCUGCCAUCCAGGGCGUGGCCAGCCUGCGCCGGGGCUGCCGGGACCCGAAGCCGGUGCCCAUCGGGGAGAUGACGGACGUGCUGAAGGUGCUGCGGCGCCAGGCCCCCAGCCUGCGGCCCGGGAGCUGGGUGCGCGUCAGGGCGGGCCUCUACAAGGGCGACCUCGCUCAGGUGACCCGCUCCGAGCCCGGCAACGCCGCGGUCUUCCUCAAGAUGAUCCCUCGCAUCCGCUACAGCCGCGGGGCCCCGACAGAAGGCUUCCCCAAGAGGAAGCGGCUCCCCAGGCCGCCCCAGAAGCUCUUGGAUACACAGAAGAUCCGAUCCCUGGGAGGAAAGCUGUCCAGGGACGGAGACUUCCUCCUCUUCCGGGGGGACCGCUACAGCACCGAGGGCUUCCUCUUCAAGACCUUCCCCCCGUCGGCCCUGGUCACCGAGGGCGUCAGCCCCGCGCUCUCCGAGCUGCAGCACUUCGAGAAACGCCCCGAAGCCCUGCAGGAGCUGCAGCUGCGCGUGGAAGACGAGGGGGCCGCGGAGCGCCGCUUCGGGGCCGGAGACAAGGUGGGAGUGAGCGCGGGCGACCUCAUCAACCUGCGGGGCCGGGUGGUGGGCGUGCAAGGCCCCUACGUCACCGUGAUGCCCGAGCACGAGCUGCUCCGGGAGCCGCUGCAGCUGCCCGCCGGGGAGCUGCGCAAGCACUUCGAGGUGGGGGAGCACGUCCAGGUGCUGGCGGGUCGCUACCGGGGCACCACCGGCUUCAUCCUCAAAGUCGAGCCCAACUUUGUCCUGCUCCUGUCCGACCUCGGCCGGGAGGAGCUCAAGGUGCUCCCCGGGGACCUGCGCCUGUGCCCGGACACGGCAGCCCCUGAGGACGUGUGGGGCCGGCACCGCUGGGGAGAGAUGGUGCAGCUGAGCCCCAGCACUGUGGGCGUAGUCGUGGGCCUGGACGCUGACGUCCUGCGGGUCCUGGACAUGCAGGACCAGGUGGUCACGGUGCCCCGUCAAGCCGUCACUGCCAGGAAGGACAACCGGCUGGCCAUGGCCCUGGACAGUCAGCAGAACAAUGUCCACGUCCGGGACUCGGUCAGGGUGGUGGAGGGCCCGCGCUCGGGGCUCGAGGCUACGGUCCUCUAUCUCUUCCGGGGAAUCGCCUUCCUCCGCUCCAGGACGCUCACGGAGCACGGGGGCCUGUUCGCCUGCAAGUGCAAACAUCUCUUGGUGCCCAGCGCGGCCCAGUGCAGCCAGGGCCGCGGUCUCUCUGCAGGGGGCCUGACUCUGGGCCCGAGCCCUUACCCCACCAGUCCCAGACAGCCUGGCCCAGCAGGGCGGGGGCGCGGGCGGUUUGAGAGUACCAGUGCCAGGGGGCCAGGCCCGAACUCACGUGGCUGGUGGGGUUGGGGCUCCAGGGGCCGGGGCUCCUGGGGCCACGGCUCCUGGGGCCACGGCUCCUGGGGCCACAGCGACCACCACCCACACAAGGGCCUCCUGGGCCAAUCAGUGCGUAUCUGCCAGGGGGCCUACAAGGGGUACAUCGGGCUGGUAAAGAAUGUGAGAGAAGGCGUGGCCCAUGUGGAGCUGCAUUCCACCUGUCAGACCAUUUUCGUGCACCUGCAGAGACUCACCCCCGUGGGCUCCUCGAGUCAGGCACUCUGGCCUUCCGACUUGGAUACUCCCACCAGCUCUAGCUCCCAGACUCCCACCUACAACUCAGACAGUUAUAGUCCAAUCCAAGCGGGUGGAGCUUGGGACCCCAGUGUAGGCAACACCCCCUCCUGCCCAUAG